UCCGAGGAGAGGAGUGAAGUGCACGCGGCUGGGAAAGCGGCGAGCGCCGGGAGAAGGGCGGGGAGAGGCGCUGACAAAUCAGCUGCGGGGGCGGCGAGCGGAGGAGAAGGAGGAGGAGAGAGAGGAAGAGGAGGCAGACCGCGACGACCAGAGGGGACCCGAGCGAAGGGGUGAGAGACCCAGCGCCGAGACGAGGGGCGAGUGUAGAGUAAAGGAAUUCAUUAGCCAUGGAUGUAUUCAUGAAAGGACUUUCAAAGGCCAAGGAGGGAGUCGUGGCUGCUGCUGAAAAAACCAAACAGGGUGUGGCAGAAGCCGCAGGAAAGACAAAAGAGGGUGUUCUCUAUGUAGGCUCCAAAACCAAGGAAGGUGUGGUUCAUGGUGUGACAACAGUGGCUGAGAAGACCAAAGAGCAAGUGACAAAUGUUGGUGAGGCGGUGGUGACAGGGGUGACAGCAGUUGCACAAAAGACAGUGGAGGGAGCAGGGAGCAUCGCAGCUGCCACUGGCUUUGGCAAAAAGGAUCAGUUGGGCAAGAAUGAAGAAGGAGGCCCACAGGAAGGAAUUCUGGAAGAUAUGCCUGUUGAUCCUGACAAUGAGGCAUACGAAAUGCCUUCUGAGGAAGGGUAUCAAGACUAUGAACCCGAAGCAUAAGAAAUACUUUUACUCGCAGUUUCUUGAGAUCUACUGAGAGAUGUUCCAUCCUGUACAAGUACUCAGUUCCAACGUGCCCAGUCAUGAUAUUUUUCUCAAAGUUUUUACAGUGUAUUUUAAACUCUUCCAUCAGCAGUGAUUGAAAUUAUCUGUACCUGCCCUUACUCAGCAUUUCAGUGCUUCCCUCUCACUGAAGUGAAUAUAUGGUAGCAGGGUCUUUGUGUGCUGUGUGGAUAUUGUGGCUUCAAAUCUAAAAGUUAAAUUAAAACACCUAAGUGACUACCACUUAUUUCUAAAUCUUCACUAUUUUUUUGUUGCUGUUCUUGAGAAGUUGUGAUUUAUUGUCAUAUAUUAUAAGAUUUCUAGGUGUCUUUUAAUGAUUCUGUCUAAAAAUAAUGAUGUAUUGUGAAAUUUGUUAAUAUAUACAAUACUUAAAAAUAUGUGAGCAUGAAACUAUGCACCUAUAAAUAUUAACUAUAAAAUUUUACUGUUUUGUGAUGUGUUUUAUUAACUUGUGUUUAUAUAUAAAUGGUGAAAAUUAAAAUGUCUCAUUACAAAGA